AUGCGUAAUGAGUAUGUUGUGACCCUCCUACAUGCUGGCAUCCAUAUUGUUAUAGAUAUAACAAACAAGGACUUUAGCAUGAAACCCCAGUAUGGAAUAAUUAGUGAAGAAAGUCAGGGUCAGGUCAAUUAUGCAAUAAAGGAUAAACAGCAUAAGGUCCCCUAG